CUCGAUUCCGUGCGCAAUUCGGAUGGGAUGCGCCUGCGCGGCGGAGUUAACGCUCCUGCUAGAAAGAUAAAGAGCUGAUCCGUCCUGCGAUUGACUGACACUCAUAGUACUUACCCUCAUCAUAGACACAGCUCUCAUAUCGCAGACCCUACCGGAAUCCUCAUCCUGCGAAGUACCCGAUCCCGCUCCGCAAUGCAUCUCAUCCUCACAGGCGCGACCGGCCUCGUCGGCUCCGGCGUGCUGCAGCAAAUGCUCGUCAACGAAAGCGUUACGCGCAUCUCCAUCCUCAGCAGGCGGCCGGUCAAGAUGGUAGAAGGGCACGAGGACAAGGCGAAGGUCAUCAUACACAACGACUUCAAGAGCUACGAUCCGGCGCUCCUGGACGAGCUGAAGGACGCUCAGGGGUGUGUGUGGGCGCUGGGAGUGUCCCAGAACGAUGUGAACAAGACCGAAUAUGUCGAAAUAACGCACCAUUACCCCCUCGCCGCCGCAAAAGCCUUCUCAGGACUCCACCCCGACUCGCCGUUUACCUUCGUCUUCGUAUCCGGCGAAGGCGCGACGCAGACCCCGGGCAUGUUCACGCCUAUCUUCGGACGCGUGAAAGGGCAAGCCGAACAAUCGCUCUUCGACUUCUACAAAGCGACCCCGAACUUCAAGCUCUAUAACGUGCGACCGGCGGCCGUGGAUUGGCGGCACCAUCCCGAGAUCCACCCCUUCAUGCCGCAGCAGGCAGCGUACAAGAGCAUGCUAAUCACGCCGAUUGACGCCGUGCGAAAGAGCAUGAUCACACCGACAAAGCCGCUGGGAAAGACACUAACGGAGCUGGCGAUGAGCAAGGGAGGGCCAUUAGAGGGGAAGGAUAUCAGGAUGGAAGGGACCCUGCUGCCUAAUGUAGCUAUCAGGAGGAUGGCCGGACUCUAGCUAGAUAGGCGAUACUCUGGCUUGGAGAUACGCUUUGGAGUCUAGGCACGAUUGAGCGUAUUCUGUGAUACCUUUGGCAAUUUAAUGUAAUCCAAUGUUCCCGCUAAGCACAUCAAUCCUUGCUGAAUGCCU